GUUGUUGUAUUUAUUAUGAAGUUCGGUGCACAACUAGCCGAGGAAAUAUUUGUACCUUGGCGACUUGCUUAUAUUCAAUAUGACGUGUUGAAAACUGAACUCAAGGCACGUCAAGAAGAUCAUGGUUGGACAGAUCAAGACGAAAAGGAUUUUACAGCUUUAUUGGAAAACGAAUUGGAAAAAGUAUACGACUUUGUUAAUGCUAAACUAGGUGAAGUGGAAGCACGCAUUAGUUAUUGUGAACGAUCGAUUCGUACAUUUACCAACAAUCCAACUUAUUCUUCUGAACAAAACUGGGCUGUUAUGGACGAAGCAUUGACUGAAGUAUUAUUUGAUGUUAACGAUCUUGCCAAGUUUACUCGACUUAAUUAUAUUGGUUUCCAAAAAAUCAUCAAGAAACACGACAAAUGGACUCAAUUGAAUUUACAACAAGCCUUUGUACCUCAACUACGUGCAAAACCUUUGGAUAAGCAACGAUUUGAUGUGGCAAUUGUGUUUAUUUCUUCUCUUCAUGAUAUUUGUCAACUCAAGGGCAAACCACGUACAGGAAAUGCAGCCGCUGGUGGUGAUCAAAAUGCAUUUGAAAGGGCCACUGCCAAGUAUUGGAUUCAUCCUGAUAAUAUCACUGAAGUCAAGUCUAUUAUCAUGCUUCAUUUACCUGUUUUGAUUUUCAAUGAUACCAAGCCUUUCGAACCUUCAGAUGCUGCCAUUUCUUCGGUGUACUUUGAUAAUCCUGAUUUUGAUCUCUAUACUGGUCGUUUACAACGUGAUGAAGGUGCUGAAGCUAUUCGUUUCCGAUGGUAUGGUCCUAUGUCUUCUAAUUCUAUUUUUAUUGAACGCAAAACACAUCAUGCUUGGUGGUUGGAUGGUGCCUCUGUCAAGGAUAGAUUUCGUUUGGAUGAAUCUGAUGUCUACAAGUUUAUGUCUGGUGAAUUGUCAGCAAGUACUUAUGCGGAUCGAUUAAAAGCCAAGGGAACGGAUGAACAACUGGUCAAGGAUAAUCUUUUUAUUGCCAAUGGUAUUCAAACAUCUCUCAAGGAAAAAAAUUUGGAUCCGGUACUUCGUGCUUUUUACAAUCGUACUGCUUUCCAAUUACCUGGUGAUCAACGUGUACGGGUGAGCUUGGAUACUGAUUUGACUUUUAUUCGUGAAGACAACUUUGAUCAACAACGUCGUGGUCCAGGUGAAUGGCGUCGUCCUGAUGUAGGCAUUGAUUAUCCUUUUAGUUAUUUGAAUGAUGCUGAUGUACUUCGAUUCCCUUAUGCCGUGUUGGAAACAAAACUACAAACUCAUCUUGGUCAAGAACCUCCUGCUUGGUUGACAAAUCUAUUGGAUUCUCAUCUGGUCCAUGAAGUGCCUCGUUUCUCUAAAUAUCUCCAUGGUGCUUGUCAUUUCUAUGCUGAUCGUAUGCCUCUUUUACCUUGGUGGUUAUCUGAAAUGGAUUUGGAUAUUCGAAAGCCUCGUGCUACCAACUUUGGUCUGACGCGUUCCAGAUCCUUCAAGCCUUUGAUUGAUGGUCAUUACAGUCGUGCUAUGGAACAAGAAGAAAACAGAAUGAAGGCUGUGGCUGAUGAAUCAUAUGCCUACGAACAAGAAAAACAACAACAAGUAUCAUUAGCAGUACCUCAACCAUUACAUCAACAUCAUCAACAUCAACUUCAAGACAAUACAGCAUUACAGUAUUCACCACCUAUAGAGGAAGGCAAAAAGAAAAAGAAAAAUCGUGCAGACGUGACAGCCAUCAGUUUAGGUGAACCAGUAGCAGAAGAUGACAAGAAUAAUAAGUUUGUAGGUAUUACCAAGGUGCCUAGAAUCGCGGGUGGGGUCUUUUUAGGUAUCGCAGCUGUGGUGGCCAUAUACGCUUUAUAUCGAUUUGAAAAACGUGCUUAUAUGAUCAAUCGUCGUAUUCUUGGAAGAUAUGAUGAUUUAUGGGGUCCUGCUAUUCUUUGUGUACUUUUGGUUGGUGCUCUUAUUGUCAAUUUUUACCUUAGAUUCCGAUAG